AUGGAGCAGCAGAGUGGCCAGAAGCAAAGAACGCAGGGUGUGGAUAUGCUACCUCCACCACCCCCUCCUGUGCCACGGCAGCAUCUUGCAAAGGUGGGACUGAUGCAAGCCAGGGAGUUGUUUCGUGCAAAGAAGGCCAGUCUUAGUCUGCCCGAGGCCUCGUUGUCACCUGCAGAGAGAGAGAGUGGCCAACCUGGUUCAAGUCCAAGCGACAGAGGUGUGGCCAGUUCGGCUAGGCCUGUGGGAAUGGGCCUCUGGAUGUCUCCGGCGCACAGGAGCCCGCCGUACAAGAAACGAAGGGAGGAUGUGGACCAGGUGAGUCAGGUGCGUGCUGUGCCCCAGAAGCCAAUGCCGAGGCCCUGCUUGCAGCCUGUGGCAAAGACAGGGUGGGUGGACCGAGCUGCUGAGAAGGACCCUGCGCAAGAUGAGCCUGCAGGUGCUUCGCAGGCAGCUGCAGAGCCGCCGGCUGUGCCGAAGGCUGCAGGGCCACAGGUGGCUGUUCCGAAAGCUGCAGAGCCACGACCGGCUGCAGCAGUGCCAAGUGUGAAUGCAGAGCCGCUGCACACACCGGCAAAGCCUGCUGUCCCACCACUGCCAGGGAGCACGAAGCAAGUGCCGCGGCCCGCUAUCCAUCUGAGUGAGGUGCUCUUGGAGGAGGCUAUCAAGAAGCGGCAGGCUUUGGAAGACGAAAAUGAGAUCCUGCUGAAGCGUUUGACAGCUGCCGAGAAGGAGUUGCGUCAGCAGAAGCAAGCUGCGGGUGUUCCCGGCAGCUCAGUGGCUGGCCAAAUGCCGCAAGCCACCCAUGUGCCAUUUCCGCCCUCGCCUUCGCCGACAAGUCCCGGUGCGGUGCCCAUCCACACGCCACCCCGCCAGGCUCUGAACCUGCCUCCGUGUGGCAGUUCGCCCCUUCUUUCCUCGCUGCCUUUUGGUCUACCAGGGCCUGGUCUUCCUAUGCCGCCCAUGCCUUGGCCACCAGGUUCGGGCCAGCUUCUGUCGAGGCCGGGCUACCCGAUGAUGAGCAGCCAGUCAGGCGCGCCUGUGCUGGUGAGCAUGGCGACCCAGCAAGUGGUGGGCACACAGCCGGUGGUGGCCAAGCCAGUGGUGAGCACACCGCCCGUGGGCAUGGCGAGCCAGCCAGUGGUGGGCACACAGCCUGUGGUGAGCCAGCCAGUGGUGAGCACACAGCCGGUGCCGGGCACGCAGCCAGUGGUGAGCUCACAGCCUGGGCCGAGCACGCAGCCAGUGGUGAGCUCGCAGCCUGUGCCAAGCACGCAGCCAGUGGUGAGCUCGCAGCCUGUGCCGAGCACGCAGCCAGUGGUGAGCCAGCCAGUGGUGAGCCAGCAGCCAGUGGUGAGCCAGCAGCCAGUGGUGAGCCAGGUGAGCCAGCAGCCAGUGGUGAGCCAGCAGCCAGUGGUGAGCCAGCAGCCAGUCGUGAGCCAGCAGCCAGUGGUGAGCCAGCCAGUGGUGAGCCAGCCAGUGGUGAGCCAGCCAGUGGUGAGCAGCAAGCAGAUGGGUGCCAGGCCGCCGGUGAGCCAGCAACCGCACGAGGACCCGGAUGAGCUGGAAGGGGCACUUGAAAAUGUGUAUGAUGGGAUGGUGUUGCUGGCUGGUGUUCGCGAGAAGACUUGCCAGCAGAUUUCCAUCACCUCGCGCACCAGAUCCUGCAACAAUGCAUGUCGGUGCGUACCCAGCCACCCCAAGUCGAAGCUGGGCACGCCACACGGCCGAGUGAGCUACAGGGUGGGCAAAGCGUGCCAGGACAUGAUGAGAAGGCGCAUCCAGAGGCGCCAAGUGGGCAGCCUGAGCAGGCAGAGCAGCCAUUGCCCCGAGUGCCAGCAGAGGAGGUGGAGCGCAGUUCGAGUGUGCCCAAAGGGCCACAGUGACUCGGCAGAGAUGAAUGGAAAAGUGUGUUGCGCUUCACACCUGCAGAAUGUGUCGCCUCCAAAAAAAAUCAACAGCCAGUCGCACCCGGAAGCAUAUGGAUACCUUUAUCGCUACUGCAACAAGCUUGACAAGACUAACAGCCCAGUCAGAGCUGAGAUCUGUGCCAAGUGGCAGCGAGGAGGCUGUGAGAAGAACAAGCUCCUGAAAGACUUCGUGGAGAAGUGCUACCACCCAGGGGAGGACGCGCCUGCCAACCAAGCCCGUUUGGAGUGCAUGUUCAAGCUGCGGCAGAUGAGCAAAGAAUGGAAGCGAGGCCUCAAAGGCUUUGAGUGGCUGACUUUGUACGACAUCCAGCACCUCACACCUCCUUGGCCUGA